AUGAGCGGCGGCGUCUACGGCGGCGGUGCGGGGUAUGCCGGCGAGGACUGCCCCAAGGCGGAUUUCCCCACCACGGUGGGGCUGCUGUCCCCGGACGAGGUGUCCCUGGAGCUGGACGGUGACAAGGACAAGAAGCGCGGUCCCCGCCCCGUGGUGGCCCUUGACGGGCGCAGCUUCGCCAACGGGCGCAGCACGGGGCUGGUGCUGGACUCGGGCGCCACGCACACCACGGCCAUCCCCGUGCACGACGGCUACAUCCUGCAGCAAGGCAUCGUCAAGUCGCCGCUGGCCGGGGAUUUCAUCUCCAUGCAGUGCCGGGAGCUCUUCCAGGAGCUCAACAUCGACAUCGUGCCGCCCUACAUGAUCGCCGCCAAGGAGCCGGUGCGCGAAGGGGCCCCCCCGAGCUGGAAGAAGAAGGAGAAGCUGCCCCAGGUGUCCAAGUCCUGGCACAACUUCACCUGCAACGAGGUGAUCCAGGACUUCCAGGCCUCGGUGCUGCAGGUCUCGGACUCGCCCUACGACGAGCAGGUGGCGGCGCAGAUGCCCAGGGUUCACUACGAGAUGGCGAACGGGUACAACACCGACUACGGGGCCGAGCGGCUGCGCAUCCCCGAGGGGCUCUUCGACCCCUCCAACGUCAAGGGCCUCUCGGGGAACACCAUGCUGGGCGUGGGACACGUGGUCACCACCAGCAUCGGCAUGUGCGACAUCGACAUCCGGCCGGGUCUCUACGGCAGCGUCAUUGUCACCGGAGGGAACACGCUGCUGCAGGGCUUCACCGACCGCCUGAACCGGGAGCUGGCUCAGAAAACCCCCCCUAGCAUGCGCCUGAAGCUCAUCGCCAGCAACAGCACCAUGGAGCGCCGCUUCAGCCCCUGGAUCGGGGGCUCCAUCCUGGCCUCGCUCGGAACCUUCCAGCAGAUGUGGAUCUCCAAGCAGGAGUACGAGGAGGGCGGGAAGCAGUGCGUGGAGCGCAAGUGCCCCUGAGGGCGCCGAGGGAGCCUGAGGAGCCUGAGGAGCCUGAGGGGAACAUGAGGGAGC